GAGUCUUGAUCUAACGUGGCUGCAGUUAAGCCUAAUUUGAUUUAUUCUGAAAGAGGUUUUUAUUUAUUUCUUAAUGGUUCUAAAUAAUAGUAUUAAUAAACCGCUAACAGUCCGUGUGAGUAUUUGACAAUGAAGAUGUAAUAUAUCAUCGAUUUUAAUUUUGAUUGAUUUCAGUUACGUAAUCGAAUUCACGUUAAGACUACUUUUAGUCCUAAGUAUGGACACGGUGAGCUUUUUACCGAACAGAAACGUAGAAUCUUUUUUGUUUUAGUGAUUUUUUAUUAUUUCGUAUCGUUAGCGGAAUAAAAGUAACGUUGCUCAAAGAAAAUUCUUCAGUUGCAGUAUUUACAAUAUUAUUACAUAAAAUGGAAGUUUAUAGAUAUGUUAAAGAAGAACUUUUAGCCAGAAAGUCAUAGGAAUUAAAUUAUUAAUUAUUUGUAAAUUUAAAACAACAAAAAAAAUCUUAAUUAUGUUAAAUUCUGCAAUUUCAUCCAAUGCAACUUCAAUAUCUAUUGGAAAACAGGUGGCAACAGGAUCUCGUUCUUCUCUGUUGACAUCAAGAAUAGAGUUUACUUCAAGUGAAAAUGAAUGUUCACUUGCUACUCAAGCAUUACAAGCAAAAUAUAAUCAUUUUGGAGGUGAUGAAAAGACUAACAAAGCAUUAGAAAAUAGUGUCACUUUUAAUGGUCAGAUGAAAGGAAGUAAUGGAAUGGAUCAUAAUAAAAAUUCACAAGGAAAACAUCUAAUAAUGAAUGGAAACCAUGAACUUCAUUUACAAGGAGAUGGUGUCCCAAAUCCUAGAAUAUCUUUAUAUCCCCAAGGAAAAGUACAUUUGGAAUGGAAACAGAUACAUAAAAUUGGAGCUGGCUUAGCAAAUCUUGGCAAUACAUGUUUUAUGAAUACAGUUAUUCAGUGUUUAACAUAUUGUCCCCCAUUGGUUAACUAUUUAUUACAUGACGAUGAUCAUUCAAAAUGUAAAAUAAGUGGAUUUUGUAUGAUGUGUGAACUUCAGAAACAUAUUAAAAGGGCUCUUGAUCGACCAGGAGAUGUUAUUAAACCUCUUUAUAUUUAUCAAAAAUUAAAAUGUAAGUUUUCUAGAAUGCUUGAUCCUGCCAGUAAAGAAACUACUGUUAUUAAUCAUAUUUUUGGUGGUUAUCAUCGUAGUCAAGGUAUAAUAAUCAUGAAGUGA